UGGGGUCCACCUCCAGCUGUAGGACAGUGUGGAUAUUGGGAUGUCUGGACUGUGGUGUUGAUCUGCGCCUCUACUCCGUCUGUAAAGCCAUGAAGAAAGCGUUAUUAACUGUUAUAAUGCGGCUGUUCCGUUCCUGCUGUGUGUCCUGACUGUCCGAGUCUCACUGGAUUAUUACAUAACGGGGAUUAGUGGAGACUGGAAGCGUGUGAAGAUGAUGAGGAUGUACACACUACCGCUCCUGCUGCUGAGCUGCUGUCUCACACCCAGCCUCAUCCAGUCUGAGCUCUCUGUACCCCAGAUGGUGUCCGUACAGAAGGAUCUGGAGUCUCAGACCCUGACUCUGUCAUGGCGGAGCGACGCCUCGGACUUCGACGUGGAGAUUUAUCACACUGAGCUCAUGGAGCUCGUCCUCAACGAGAGUGUUUAUGUGGAAGCAGACUCUCAGAAGGGGAGUCGUGAUUGGUCAUGGCGCUCGGCUGUGCCGCUGGAGUGCACCUCCCGCUCUGUACGCAUCAGAGCGCGACACGUGGACACAGUGAGCAAGUGGAGCCCCCUGCUGACCAUCUUCGGUAUGGAUGUGCCGGACCAGCCUCAGGCUCAGAUGUACCCUCAGGACCGGGUGUUGGAGGUAGGCGGGAAUGUGACAGUGUGCUGCAUCACUCCAGAAGGCGUGGCUUUUAGCAGUUUGGGAUAUGGCAAGCAAAACUUAGCGGUGACCAGGCUGAGCCGCAGAAGCUACAGUGCCACUAUCACUGACCUUCACAAAUCCUCCUACACUGGCACCAACGUCGUCUGUCUCUCUGAUAAAACCAUCCUCACCGGCACUGUGCUCUUCAUCGGCUACCCCCCAGGUGAUGAGGGUCUGCAGUGUGAGACACGAGAUCUCCAAUCAGCUGAGUGUCGCUGGAGCAAAGGACGAGACACAGGCUUACAGAAACGUGAUUUACUCACCAAAUACACACUGAACAACAGAACUUGUACUGAAGACAGAAAGGACAGGAAACAGUGUCGUUCUGACCGCUGGGAGAGCAGCUGGACUCUGGUAGCCAAGAAUCCCCUGGGAAUGGUCCAGCUUUCUGACUCCGCCCACAUCAAGCAGCGCAUACGUCUGUUAGCCCCGGUCAAUGUAAAAUCUGAGGCUGAGGCAUGGAAGGCCCGUGUUGGGUGGAACUGGACAGUGGAGGCCUAUAAAACACUGUCCCUGCUGUGUGAGGUGCAGCUGGACAGUGGAGGACAAGCCCAAACUCGUAACUACACUGGAGUGGGGCUCUCCUCCGUGGAGUUGGACAGUCUGAGGCCGGACAUUGAGUACUCGUUCUCUAUCCGCUGUGCGUCUCUGCAGAGUUUCUGGCGCUGGGGAGACUGGAGCGCCCCCUACAGCCUGCACACACACAUGGACCGACCUAAAGCUCCAGAUGUAUGGGUGUGGAGGACCAGCGAAAUUACAGGACAAGUCGUGUGGAAGUCUCUCUCACCCAGGGACAGUCAUGGUGCUCUGACAGCGUAUGAAGUGUCUCAGAGAGAAGGAGAGGAAGACGGGUGGAAGACUGUCUCGCUCCCUCCGAGUGUGUCCAGAACUCCCAUCAGCCUUAGCAAUAGCAGUGACAUUGUGGUUGCCGUGGCAGCACGAAACCCUGUCGGACUUUCUCAGCACAGCACAGUCAUCGUCCCACAAUACACUGCAGACUCUGAGCUUUCUGUAUCUGAGCUGGUGGGUAAUGGUGGAGGUUUAACCGUUUCGUGGAACCACGAUCAUAACUCCACACAAGGCUACGUGGUGGAGUGGCUGCCCUCCUGCUGCCCCGCCUCCUCCUCCUGUGCCGUCCAAUGGGAGAGAGUUUCCUCCUCCAACACCAGCACUGUCAUCCAGUCAGGUUCUUUGGACCCUGGAGUGCAGUACACCAUCUCCAUUUUCAGUUUGCUUCCUGAAGCUUCUGUCCUGCUGCAGAGACAUUAUGGAUAUGGACAGGAACAGGUUCCCUCUGUGUCAGUGGGAUCGCUGUCUGCUCUUCAGGCAGGCUCAGACAUUGUUCUCUCCUGGACUCCAGUUCCUGUGUGUCAGCAAAAAGGCUUCAUACUUGGACACACUGUUUACCUGGCUGAUGCCUCCAACCUCAGCCUGAUAGCCAAUCUGACCGAUCCUUCAUUGAGCUCUUACACAGUAAAGAGUCUGCCUCUGGGCUCGUACAAGUUCAUGGUGAGAUCGUACACUUCAGCUGGAGAGGGAAUGGAGUCCACCGUCGCCAUCAAGACCGAGUCUGAUACUAAUCUAAUGUUGGUGGAGAUCCUGGUGGCGUUGGGAGCCAUGUCCUUCUGCUUCAUCAUCAUCAGCGUCUUCUGCUAUAAGAAGAGAGAAUGGGUGAAGAAGGCAUUUUAUCCUGAGAUUCCUGGCCCCAAACUCACUGGAGACUGGUCCGCUCCACCGGGUCCUCUGGAUCUGAAGCCCCCCCCACACAGCCUGGUGCACAUAGUGGAGAGUCCGGAUAAGGAGGGGCUGGUUACGGUUCCAGGUGGACAGGAGGAAGGUCAUCAUGAUGACGAGAGCGAUAACCAGGACGUUGAACCGGACACGGACUCGGACGAACCUGCCCUGCUGCGCUACUACAACCAGCUGGUGAGCGACGCCUCUGAUCGUUCCUCCAGCUCCACAGAUUCGGCGCAGACGCAGGUGACCUACACGGGAAUCCAAAGCCCCGCCUACCGCCCCCAGAAUCAGUCCAAGGCCCUGUCAGAGGCGGAGCCGCAGGAGGAGAGCCCUGGUGCGGGCUACAAGCCGCAGUGCUCGUGGAGGCCUGAUCCAGAGAGUGAAAACCUCUGCGACUCACUGGGAAGCCCGACCUCGGUGACAUCAUCGCAGUUCCUCAUCCCAGAAUCCUCAGAGGAACAUCCAGAGUCAUCGGGAAGCUGGUUCCAAAACUUCCUCUCUGGAAAAUUCUAAUUAGCAUUAGCAUUUAGCUUUACUGCUCAGACAUGGCUGCUUCUCUUUAAAGGCAUCGUGGGAAGGAUUUCUCUCAUCCUUCCAAAUUUGCAUUGUUUUUGGCAAGGAUGUUUAGCAUUAUGGACGUUUAGCAUUACGUUUCAGAGGAAGCUGCUGAAAUAGGGAGCACAGAGAGUCUGCCUCAUUCAGAGGGCAGCGUAAAGAUUUAUUAGCGUUGACUUUGACCUUGUGGCUUAUAAAGCUUAGUUGUUUUUUUUUUACUGAGUUAAAACACUACUGGACUACAGAAGCUAGUAAGAAACCUUUCAGCUGUAAAGGAGCAGUUCAUCCAAAAAACAAAUGUCCACAAAAUUCCUGACGAUCACAUGGCCAGCGUUAUCAUCUCACGACCACCAGUUUAGCAUCAGGCUAAACUGUCCCGCUGGUUGCAGCUGGUUGCUUUGUGUAAACUGUAUCUCCUCGUCCUGUAGAUGGCGAUGUGCUGAAGCACACGGCUGUCUGUCCUGCUGUGUUUAUCAGGCUUUAUGAAGUCCUGUGAUGUUUGAUGGACAGGUCACACUAGCUCCGAGAUAAGCUCACUGAUUUUAUGGCAUUAUUUGGCAAAUGAACAGUAACCUGAGGGCGGAGCUACAGAGGAACCAAUCAGGUCACAGGACACUCGAUUGAUUCUCGGUGUAACUCUACCAUGCUUAUUUUUUUAUACUUGUACUAAGUGCUUUGACUUUAUUGCCUUAAAGUACUGACCGAUUCUUAGCUUCUGCUCUGCCGUUCCACAGACACCAGGUGAUGUUUACACUUUAUACACUUCUCUGUUCCUGAAGAGUUUUAAGUCUUAUAGAUGUUGGAAAUGUAAUCUUAAGUAUUGCACAUGUUUAAAAAGCAUUUAAAGGACCUGCUUUAGGAAAAUCUGAAAUGUCCACGAUGUUCUCAUCUAACUGUAUGUGAUUAACCGAGACGUGUUCUGUAUUUAUCGCUGGAGUUACGAGGCUAAUGUCACAGUGAAUGAUAGUGGGAGCUUUCACACUGCAUGACUUCAGAAACUCUAUAAAUUCUAUUAAACUAUAAUAUUGUGCUCCAUCCAAAGCCAUGCUUGCUGAUAUUGUGGUCUAUAACAGGGGUUCCCAAACUUUGUAGCCCACGACCUCCAAAAUAACGGUGCCAGUGACUCGCGACCCCGACUAUCCUCGGAGAUGGUUAAAAUAAAUAAACAUUGCACCAACGGUCCUAUCCAAACACGAGCAUAAUGACAACACAAAAGAACACAACAGUCGAACAACCAUAUCAUUUUUUAAUAGUAAUUUACUCAUCUGUUUAAUUUCAACAUUAACCUGACCUAAUGGGAUGGGUGGACAGCAAGUCCAUUCUUGGUUUAAUUUUGGAGACCGCCACCCGGAGAUCAUCCCCCAUGUUCAGUCCUGUAUUUAGUUUUAAGGUACGUGAGUGCCAGAGGUACAAGUAGGCAGUGCAGAACGUCAGCAUCAGUACAUCCAUAGCAGCCUUGGAGAGCUGUGAAUAUUCCUUCUCCACUGAAAUCUAAAACUCAGCUGGCGUCCUGGAAUUAAACACUGUCUUCAAGGUCACUUGACAGGUCACUGAUUCUAGCUCAUGGGCCAGUCUAUCCCCAUGCAUAGCCUGACUUAUAGCUAUAGCAGUGGGUUUAAUGAAGGUUUCCCCGAUUGUGUGUGGCUUCUUUGCCUGUGGGAUUAAAUAUUCCACCUCAUAUGAUGCCCUGUUGAGCUUUUAACCAACGUUUCAGUUCAACAAAUGUAAUAUCCUAAGCCUGAAGUGAAACAGAAUGAAACAGAAUGACCUACAUGCCCACGUGGAAAUGUUUAUCAUGGUGCUGUAAACUGAUCUGCUGUAUCUGACACUAUUGCUGUGUGGUUAAUCUGUCAUAAUCACCUCAGGGGUCGCGACUGAACAGAAAGAAAAGGCUUUUUAUGUAACUAUUAACUUUUAUUUAUUUUUUUUGUUAGUUAUGGAUAAAAUAUGCUAUUUCUAAUAACUCCUCCCUGAACUGACUGCUGCCCUGUAUCUCACUCUCUCAUUGGCUGUAGGUCAUCACGGGGUGUUUUUCAGUCAGAGCUCCUUUCACACUGUAGGAUUUUGAGUCACCGACAGGUCCAGAUAUUUAGCAUGCCAAAUAUUUCACGGGCAUCAGUAACGCAUCGGUGACUCUCUCAGAUUGUGUUUUUGGUCAUUCACACUGCGAUGGUCACUCACGUGCACGAGCUCCAAUUUGCUUUGAUUUCAGGGAUUUGUCUGUAACUUUGCAAAACCUGUCAGCGACUGAAAAUCAGGGCUAAACCCGUGCAGUGUGAACUCUGCAUUACUGAUGUAUGGAAAAAACCCGCAGCUGCAUCAAAUGCGGCGGAGUGGGGGUGGGGGGCGGUAGUGGUAAUUUUUGGAAAUAAAAUACAUAUUUUAAGUUGUAUAUAUAAAAUUCUAAGUUUAUUGUUUGUAUUGUUUGGUGUUUUGGGGACAACUGGUAUAGACCAUAUCACUUAGGUUUCACCUCAAGAGCCAGACUGUAGAAGUGUUUUAAUAAUGAUUAUUAAUAAUGAAUAUCAUCACUAAUAAUUACAGAGCGUAGAAGACAUUAUUAGCAAUGUUAGCUGCUUAGUGACAUUAGCCUCCUAGUUGCAGUGGAAAUGAAUGAGACACGUCCUCUGUGUGUGUGUGUGUGUGUGUGUGUGUGUGUUAGCAGGGUUAGCUCUCACUUCUGAGAAACCCUAUUAUCCUGAAGUCUUCAUCUCAUUUCCCAGUGCCAGUCUGACCGCCUCUGUCCACAGCUGGAGGGCUGUACCUGAGGUGUGCUUCAGAAUAACUUGACCUGAACCGGAGGGUGCCUAGAUAGGGAGCACGUGGUGGCAGAGAUGGAGCUGGUCUCAUUCAGAAGGCAGCUUGAUGGCAGGUGUGGACACAGUGGUCACUUUUAUUCGAUUUUACUUGAGAAUUAGCUGGAGAGAAAACGGACAGUCGGAGAAACACAGCGGCUGAUCUCAUUACCCCUCCUUGUUGCCAUGGUUACAUUAGCUAGCUUCCACAGGGGAGCAGGGGGCAGGUUAGGUGAACUGUCCUCUGGGUCAGUCUAAGCUGAAAAAAAAAUGAGUGAGAGAUCGUCAGGAAUGGAGUGAAGGAGUGACGCAGCUACAGCAUCAUCUUACUGUCAUAAUCCAUCAUCAGAUGAUUAGCAGUUAUCAUGAUAGAAUUUAUUAGCACACCUACUGUGUGUGUGUGUGUGUGUGUGUGUGUGUGUGUGUGUGUUAAUGUAGUUACUGAAGCUCUAAAUACUACUGUGAGAUUCAACAAAGGUCAUGGAUUUAUUCUGGUUGCUAAUCUUUUAAAAUAACGAAUGAAGCAGUGACUGGACUUUGUGUUUGUGGAGUUUAAUGCAUUGGGAUUUUUUAGAGAUUUAUGUUUGUUACUGCGUAUUGUUACCCGAUGAAUCAGUUUAUCAGCUUAUUUUUGGUCUGAAAUGUAUAGAAUCUGACACGCUGUGUUCCAGUCCUGUUUUGAACACUUCCCCUUAUUCACUUCUGCUUGAUGGAGUGCCCUGGCUUGUAAAGAAUUGAUUUCACUUUAUGACUUCAGAGUGUUCGGAUCGCUGCGGCACAUGGCCAGGUCGUUAGGGGAAGUGGACCAGGACACGGGGAACCGAACUGGAAGAGUAAGAGCAGGACGUGGACACUGCUGUGACACGGUCACUCGGUUAAAGGCUGGAUCUCAUGCUUCACUUUUAUUCUUAUUCACACUAUUAAACUGACUAAAUGUUUAUAUGAUUUGUUUAGUGUGUGUGUGUGUGUGUGUGUGUGUGUGUGUGUGUGUGUGUGUGUGUGUUUAGGGUUAUAUAUUGGCCAAGAAAUUCCCAACACACACACAUUAUUGCUACCAUAUGUAGUGUUUGGGUGGAGGUUCCCUAAGUAGGCAGCAUGAGAGACACUACAUAGGGAGUAGGGUGCAGGGAGCUUCAGCGUGUAAAGACACUAACAUCAUCAGCUACAUGUAUUAAAUCCAAUAUAUACUACUACACUAACACUGGUGUGUGUGUGUGUGUGUGUGUGUGUGUGUGUGUGUUAAUGAGCUCUGUAUACUCUGAAACACUACAGUAUGCUAUACAGUGUAAUAAAGUGUUUGAAUCCA